CUUAAAACUGCCAUCAUUUUUUAGAAUCUAUAUUGAGUAUUCCUAAAUGAUAUUCUAUAUAUUACUGGGUAAUUGAUUCUUGAUAUCAAAAUGAAAGUUUUGAAUGUAGCUGUUAUUGGAGCAGGGGCUGCUGGUCUAUGUGCAGCACGUCAUAUAGCUGCUCGACCUGAUUUGAAACCUGUUAUAUACGAACAGUCAUCAUCUGUUGGUGGUGCAUGGUUUUACAGGGAAGAAACAGACAAAGAUGAAAAUGGACUUAAAAUUCAUUCAGCAAUGUACAAAAAUCUUAAGACAAAUCUUCCAAAGCAGGUAAUGGAAUUCCCAGAUUUUCCUUUUGAUGAAAAACUUCCAUCCUUCUUGUAUCAUGAACAAGUUCAAAAUUAUUUAGAAAAAUAUUGUGACAACUUCAAAUUAAGGAAAUACAUUAAGUUUGAAACAUUUGUUGAACAUGUAAAACCAGUAUCGCAUUCUGAAGGUGAAAGGAGUUGGGAAGUGACCGUGAAAAAUGUGAAAGAAAAUACAACAUCGAAGUCUGUUUUUGAUGCUAUUUUUGUCUGCAAUGGGCAUUACGCCUCACCACUCAUACCAAACAUACCCGGUAAAGAAUAUUUCAAAGGUGAAAUGUCACAUAGUCAUACCUACAGACACCCAGAAGUAUUUUCUGGUAAAAGGAUCGUUUUACUAGGAGGAAGAAGUUCGGGACAAGAUAUUUCACUCGAUCUGGCAAAACAUGCGUCAGAUGUUCAUAUUACUAUUAGUCAUCGCACACCUCGCAUACAAGGCAAAUUGCCUGGAUGUAUAUCACAGGCACAAUCAAUAUCAUCUUUCUUACCUGAUGGGAAAACUAUAGUUUUUGAAGAUGGUAGCCAAACUGAAGCAGACUGCCUAAUUUUUUGCACAGGAUAUGGUUAUGGAUUCCCUUUUUUGGACGAAUCUUGUGACAUAAGUGUGGAUGAAGGAAGAAUAAAAUACUUGUAUAACCACACAAUCAAUCCUUCCCAUCCAUCCAUGACAUUUAUUGGCAUAUGUUCACGGAUUUGCCCAUUUCCCCAAUUUCAUUAUCAGGUGCUAUACAGCCUUGCGACUAUGGAUGGAACAAUUGAACUUCCUUCCAAAGAUGAAAUGUUGAAAGAAAUAGAGGAAGAUUAUCGUAAUAGGUUGCAAGAAGGAAUGCCACACAGGGCAUCACAUGUGCUAGCGGCGAGGCAGUGGGCGUACAAUGACAAGCUUGCUGAUGAAGCAGAUGUUCCCAGAUUGAAUCAGCGUGUUCAAAAAUUGUAUGAUGACAUACACCAUACAAGAGUUGCUAUGUUGCUUGAUUAUAAGGAAAAUGAAAUAGGCCUACUGGAAAACGGAUCUUAUGAUGUUGUCUGCAGGAAAUGAUGUUUUCUAUAUGUGUUUACUAUAUAGUUUAAUAAUCCUAUGGUGUUUUUUUUCUUUUCUAGACGUCAAUUGAGCAAAUUUUGCCAUAUAUGUUUGUUUAUUCACUGCAAUAUGCAAAUUUUAUUGACACUUUAAACUGUAAUUGCUUACGUUAUAAACAUUCUCAAUGUAGUAGAAAGCUAGGCAUUAAAUGCAUUUUGUGAGUAUCCAUUAUGCUAUGUUCGCUCUCGCACCUAAAAAUAGUUCGAACGAGGAUUCGAUGAAGAAUAAUUGUGCAAUAUUUUAAUUUUCUUACCGCUUGGAUAUAACAUUUGUAUCUUAUAUGAACAUGAAUACAUGCCUUAACUUUG